AUGGCCAAUGCUUUGAAGCAGAAGAUGUCCUUCCGCUUUGUACCCAAUAAAAAUGAAGCAUUGACCGCAGAAAUACGAAACUUCGUCCAAACGAGACAAAAUGCAGACUUGUCCCAAGAAAGUGGAAAAGACCCAAAUGAGGAACUGAGAGGCCCGCUGGAAGCUUUGCUGCAACAACUUUACAUGCACAUCCGCGACUUCGGCAGCUAUCUGGGAAGUGCCUCAACGCCAGACAAGAGGAUCUUCGCAGCAUGGGAGAGUUUCCUGGGCCCCAUCAACGCUCUCCUUGAGAUAGAACCCCAUGGUCAUCUGAUUGCAGCACGCAUGACCUUGUACCUGGCCGAGGCUUACCGGCAGCACGGCCAACUCCCUACAAGGCUGCCAAUGUUGGAAUCAAGCGCUAAACCGAUUGGAUUGCGUUGCAACUUUGCCAUUUCUCUCGACGAUCUUUUGCUAUCGUGCCUAGCCCAGAUAUGGACUCAAAGCGACAAACGAGAAAUGUUCAAGUGGGCCUUUACUGACUACCCGGUCAAUGCCUGUAGCUGCGACAUUGCAGGUGGCAGCACUUGUCAAGACUUUGCCGGCCCUGGCAACUCAGUCAAAGAGUAUCAUGAACAGCGCAAACGAGACCAAGUCAAGACCGCUUGUAUAACGGACUCGGCAGCCCUGACGCCUGAGAAUGGCGUACAGCCUCGUUGGCGUUGGAAACGGGCAGAGGGGGACACGGCACAGUACCCGCGACAUCGAGAUUCUUCCCGGGCCGGCUACCAAAAGCUUGCGGAUGGCGAGUCUAUGCUCAUGUGGCAAGAUAUUGGUUCAGAUGGUCCGAUUCGAGAGUCUUUCCGCUACACUCUCGUGGACCAAGACACUGGAAAAGAAGUUUCCCGACACCGUGCCGUUCUCCGCCGAUCGCGGCAGUUCGUCCUGGACGCUCGGAAGAUCGCAGAGUGCCACCUCGCAAGGGACAGCGAGCGUCUGGCACAGAUGGCAAUGGCGAGGAGGUCCCUACCAGCUGAGCUGCAGCUCAUGGUGUUUGAGUACCUGGACGAGAUCCAAGAACACCCAUACGUUGGCAAGCUUGACCUCUCUGCCGUCUAUCUUGAGAACCACCUGAACAGCAUCGUUCGAAGCCGCUGCGGCCAAGGCCUGACCAUCGGUGACAUUGGGCUGGGGCCCUUGGACCCAGCGCAGCUUCCGACAUGGGCAGAGGAUUCGGCCAGAGGACGCCGGCUGUUCAAGAACUAUAUAGACGACGAUGAGAACGGGGAUGAUCGAGACGAGGCUCGCUGGUCAGGCAUCUCUGGGCUCGCUGGUGUCAUGAUGCACAGCAAGGCACUUUUGGGUCUUUACAACCAGAAGAGUCCAGAGCAUGUGCAGCACUUGUGA